UCACCUCCGUAACUAGGCCCAAUCCUGGCUUCUAGCAGGGGGCGGGGCUACUGAUUACCUGCUCUGGGAGGGACUCAGGUAAGGGACAAAGUACUUAAAGGAACCUUAGGACCAAGGGCUUCAGGGAUACAGCCCCACAUAGAAGCAAGGCUUUCCUACUCUAAUGGAGGUAUCUAGGGGACUUUAUUAGAGUCUUCCCCUCUCUCCUUUCCCAGUCGGGUCUCUCCCUACAGACAAUUUGCUUGGCAGAGCCAGGAAAAGAAAUCUUGGGUCUCUGGAGAUCUACAAACUGGUGGGAACGGAAUGCUUUGGUUCCUAGAAUAAUUGGGCGGUACCACAUUAUAUCUAUUUCCGGUGGGUGACUGACUUGAACAGCUUGGCCUCGUGAUCUUUUGACUAUUGCUCUUUCUAUAAUAUGAGGAAAGAAGAGUUCUCACUUAAUCGUCUCUUAAGAUGCAACAGGAAAAAUAAGUAUCUAUUUUGGAAAAUGGGUAUCAGACUCUCUGGGCGAAGGAGUUAGUUCUUAAACUCAGACUUGAAGAGACUCAGAGUAACUGCCCCACUCUGCCUACUGCAGGCUAAGCUGUCUCCGAUACCCAUGCCACUUUCGCUCACCGGAACCUUCGAGUUGUCACUCACGUUUCCGGGGGGUAGAAGAGAAGAAGAAAGGACUUACCAAGCCGGGUGAAGCGCCUCCGCAACUAGGGGCAGUGUUAUUUCCGGUUUCUACUGCCGAGCGGAAGUAGGAGGAGUGGAGGGGAAAAAACAGUACUCUUUUCCGGUUCGGGGCACAGUAGAAGCAGCGACGGGUCGGAUAACCGUUUGUGAGGAUGACGCGGCAUGGUAAGAACUGUACUGCAGGGGCUGUCUACACCUACCAUGAGAAGAAGAAGGACACAGCGGCCUCAGGCUAUGGGACCCAGAACAUCCGACUGAGCCGGGACGCUGUGAAGGACUUUGACUGCUGCUGUCUCUCACUGCAGCCCUGCCAUGAUCCUGUGGUCACCCCAGAUGGCUACCUGUAUGAACGGGAGGCGAUCCUGGAGUACAUCCUACACCAGAAGAAAGAGAUUGCCCGGCAGAUGAAGGCCUAUGAGAAGCAGCGAGGAGCCCGGAGGGAAGAGCAGAAACAGCUUCAGCGAGCUGCAGCCCAGGACCAAGUUCGAGGCUUCCUGGAGAAGGAGGCAGCCAUCGUGAGCCGGCCCCUCAACCCCUUCACCCCCAAAGCUGCCGCCUUACCCAACACAGAUGGCGAGCAGCCAGGGCCCAGUGCGGGUCCCCCAGGCAAGGACAAGAACAAAGCGCUGCCCAGCUUCUGGAUUCCCUCGCUGACGCCUGAGGCAAAGGCCACCAAGCUGGAAAAACCAUCCCGCACCGUGACCUGCCCGAUGUCUGGGAAGCCUCUCCGCAUGUCAGACCUGACGCCAGUGCGUUUCACACAGCUGGACGACUCUGUGGACCGCGUGGGACUCAUCACACGCAGUGAGCGCUACGUGUGUGCUGUGACCCGAGACAGCCUGAGCAAUGCCACGCCAUGUGCAGUUCUGCGGCCCUCUGGGGCCGUGGUCACCCUGGAGUGUGUGGAGAAACUGAUCCGGAAGGACAUGGUGGACCCCGUGAAUGGGGACACGCUGACAGAGCGCGACAUCAUCGUGCUGCAGCGCGGCGGUACCGGCUUCGCUGGCUCAGGAGUGAAGCUGCAGGCUGAGAUGUCUCGGCCAGUGAUGCAAGCCUGAGCUGGGACCUAAUAAACCUGCCUGUGAAUGAA